AUGGAGGUGAAGAAGGAUGAUGGAGGAGGAGGAGGGCAGUGGUCCUCUCCGGGCACCUCCUCUGCUCCCUCAAACCCUGCCUGCUGCAGGAGCACCCUCAUAGCUUUCCUCCUCUUCUUCCUCGUUAUUGGGGUUUUUGUAGGCCUGCUUAUUGCCUAUCUGGUGCAGGAGCAGCAUUAUUUUAUGGAGACAGUGGAGCUGAGAGGUCUGAAGUAUGAUCCAGCUCUGCGGGAGGAGAACUCUGGUUUCUCCAUAGUACUGACCUCAGUUUUAAAGUCCAAGAUUAAAUAUGUCUUCACUGCCUCGUCGAUAUCGCAUCACUAUGUUGAUUGGAGUAUUGUUGCCUAUGGUAACAUUAAUGGUGAAGUGAUGGCAACCUUCAGACUGGUCUUCAGGGUGUCUAAGAUCCAGCAGUAUUCAGAAAACUUUAUUCAGGACCUGCUGAGAGCAGGACUAAGCUCAGUCAUGCAUGGGAAACCACUGGAGGUGCCAGGAUUUGGAGAGAUCAACGCUAUCAUCUUACUGGGAGCCAGUGGGAAGUCUUUUUAUGCAAUUGGGGAUGAGAUGAUAGCCAGGUGUCCUGACAACACCUUCACUUGUGACAAUGGAGAGUGUGUCACCAAACUGAAUCCAGAGUGCGACUUCAUCCCUGACUGUGCAGAUGGAUCUGAUGAAGCUCAUUGUGCCUGUGGUACACGUCCCGCCAUGGGGAGUCGGGUGGUGGGCGGAGAGGAUGCUCGGCAAGGAGAGCUCCCAUGGCAGGUCAGUCUGAGGUUCCAUGGACGCCACAUGUGCGGAGCCUCCAUCAUAAAUGAACGCUGGCUGGUCAGCGCAGCACACUGCUUUGAGAGGGACAAUGACCCCAGUGAGUGGACGGCCCUGGUUGGGGCCCGACUAGUGAGCGGCGAGGAGUCUGAGUCCACAACAAUUAACAUCAAGUCGCUGGUUGUGUCUCCAGACUACAAUCCCAUGACCACUGACAACGAUGUCAGUGUGCUGGAGCUGGAGACCCCUGUCACCUUCAGCUCUUACAUCCAGCCCAUCUGUCUGCCCUCCCCGUCUCAUGUGUUCGCCCCCGGACAGAGCUGUGUGGUUUCGGGGUGGGGCGCACUACACCAGUUUAAUCCUGCAGUGCCUCCCACACUGCAGAAGGCAGUGGUGAAAAUCAUUGACUCCAAGGUGUGCAAUAAAUCCUCCGUGUACAGAGGAGCUGUUUCUCACAAUAUGAUGUGUGCAGGAUUCCUGCAGGGCAAGGUGGACUCAUGUCAGGGUGACUCUGGAGGACCUCUAGUGUGUGAGGGGGCCCCGGGGAGGUUUUUCCUGGCUGGGGUGGUGAGUUGGGGUGUGGGCUGUGCACAGAUCAACAGGCCUGGGGUUUAUUCCCGCGUCACCAGGCUCCGCAACUGGAUUCUAAGCCACGCAGAUCCCAGCUUGGCCCAUGAUUACUUCCAGUACGCUCCCACCGUGCCAGUUACUGUGACAGGAAGAAGCUUUAAUGAUCCAGCAGUACCCAGGACCAUAGCCAUGAACGUGUCACCUGCACCAACGCUACCUGUCUUGAACUGCACUGGAAACUUCCAGUGUAGCGCCUCCUCCUGCAUCAGCAAAGUCAACCCAGAGUGUGACGGAGUCCCAGACUGCCCCAAUCAAGCCGAUGAAAGAAACUGUGACUGCGGCGCACGUCCUGCAUUGGGCUCCCACAGGAUCGUAGGUGGAGUAACAGCACGAAGGGGGGAGUGGCCUUGGAUUGGCAGUCUCCAAUAUCAGAGACUGCACCGUUGUGGCGCCACGCUCAUUCACAGCAAAUGGUUACUCACAGCGGCGCAUUGCUUCAAAAGUGACCCGAGCCCCACUAACUGGGCUGUGAGCCUGGGAUCUGUGCUGCGCUCUGGGGUAGGAGCUCUGGUCAUCCCCAUCCAGAGAGUCAUCAUUAACCCAGCCUUUAAUGACACCAACAUGGACCAUGACGUGGCUCUGUUGGAGCUGGCAACCCCAGCCCACAUGUCCUACACCAUCCAGUCUGUGUGUCUCCCCUCACCAGUGCACCGAUUCAUCCAGAAUGUAGAGUGCUACAUUGCAGGCUGGGGAUCUAUGAGGGAAGGAGGUUCGCUGACCAACCUGCUGCAGAAAGCUGCAGUAAACAUCAUCGACCAGGCAGACUGUCAGCAGUCAUAUGGAAACGUGCUGACUCCUAACAUGAUGUGUGCUGGUUACAUGGAGGGAGGCAGGGACACCUGUUUGGGAGACUCUGGAGGCCCGCUGACCUGCCGUGAGCCCUCUGGCCAGUGGUUUAUUGCUGGAGUGACCAGCUGGGGACAUGGAUGUGGGCGAAUUGGUUUCCCGGGGGUUUACACUCGUGUGACAUCUGUCAGAAAAUGGAUAUCCACAUACCUGCCUUUCUGAAGAGGCAAAACAGAGCUGUGAGUGAACACAGUGGAUUUUCUGAUCGAAAACUGUACUGUACAAGGACCAAAAGUCACGCUAAAAGCCACACAUAUACACAGUAGUCUCCACAGUAUUGACCUGUGUGACCUACUGGUCAUAGGUGCUGUUUCCUACACUGUGCAAUCAUCUGAACUGGGACCAUCCUCUUUCAUAAUGUACUGAAGAAAUAAGGAGAACACUGAACUGUGGCUUGUGGACGUUCUGCUAGCACGUGCAUGAUUGAAAGUAUUUAUUUCAGUUAUUUAUUUUGCUGACUGGUAAACU